GCCAAUAAGCUUGGUAUAACAGCAUGUUCAUCAGAGCCAUGCAGUUGGACUAUACCAUAUGCUUCAAAGUCUCUUCCCAAGCCAAAGAGAGUUCAAGGCAUGCUGAUAAAGAGAACCAAGCACGGACAGAUAGGAAAGGCCAUGCCAUUGGUAUCCAACCUCAAGGACAAGUAUACACCAAUUGCUGUAGGGAGCCAUACUGAAGGACUCGCAUCUGUUCUUAGAGAAGUCGUUCCAAAUGUAUGCCUCUUUAAAGGCCUAGAUUUUCCAAGUUCACCUGCUGACGAGACAUGUCUUCCUACAACACUGUUUUACAUCAACAGAUACACAAUGAAACACAUUGUUGACGAGUAUAAGAGUGGCAAUAACCUGGACUUAGAUGUUGAGAAGUUUCUUGACAGCAUACUAAAGCCAUAACAAAAGGAAAUUCAGAUUAUCCUGGAACAAACCAAGGAUCAAUCAGUUAGUCCUGAGUGGACAGCGUUAAGGAAAGGCCGCAUAAUAGCAUCAAAUUGUUAUCCUGUCUACACAAGGACAAACUCGACAAUGAUAAACCCUAAUACAGAUGAUUCAUCAUUAGUUUCGAAACUCAAGGGCUAUACUACAGAUUGUUUAAAAAAUGUAAAGUCUUUGAAAUAUGGUCCAGAUACAGAACCAAAAGCAAAACA